AUGCAACAACAUGUGGCGGGUGCCAGGCACAAGCACCACCCAGGGUUGAGGCACAUUCCUCGCUGUCAUAACUAUAGGGCAGCGACCCAGGACAACCAUGGCCGCACGUCAGAGACACGUCAACGUGGCCCGAGACCGCAUAGUGCAGCAACACCUUCCACAACGAUAACACCAUUGGUUACACCGGUACGGAGCGCGGAAGGCGACAAUACAACGCAACCGCAGGUCCAUAGUCUCACAGACACGUCGGCGUGGGAUACCCCACCUACCGCCACGGAUCUACAUAUUGGAGCGCUGCUUUCUGGUGAUAUGGGGGAGAAUGAUCCGAUAGGAGACGAUAAGAUAUCCCCAGAAUGGUCUUCCAUAUCAGAUCAACCUUGA